GCAAAGUUUAAACUCUAACCGCUAAUUUCCUUCUUUUUUUUUUUCUUUUUUUUUUUCAGGGAAUUUUUCUUUAUAAAACAUUUUCAUUAUUAUCGUUGUGUUAAACAAAAACGUAUAAUAAACUGUCUAUAAAAAGAAAAGUUUUCUGGCCACCGGCGAGGUCUAAUCUUAUUUACCGAUUCACAUCCUGUAGAGAGAUAGAGAGAAAGGGAAGCAGAAAGAAGAAAGUAGAAGCAUCGUCUUCGAUGCUCGUGCCCUGUCGGAAGUUGCAUUUUCGCAAGCCUUUUGUCGGGAAUUUCAUCCUCUUAUAGUGUUUCAAUUGUUGUUUGGCUGCUCAGAUGGCUUGGGCACAGAGAAGAAGAAAACUCUUCGUUUAGGUUAUUAGCUAAUUUUGGUCUUCAUUAGAUGACAAUCUCUGAUUAGUCUGUUAAUUGGACUUUGCAGCUAUCUUAAUUCGUGUGGAAGUCAGAGAAAGCGAUAGAUUCUGGAGCAAAUAGUUAUAACUACUACUGUUUCUUUUCAACUGUUAAUGGCUAUGAUGUUGUGUUAAAUUAAGGUCAUUUAGUCAACUCCAUAGGAGGGUUGAUCGGGCUAUUUGGUUGUUAAAUUAUUGACUCCGGAUACGCCACAUUUUCUGGAACCAUGCCUCGCAAAGUAAACUAUGGAGUUGAUUAUGAUGAAGACUAUGAUGACUUUGAAGGUUAUGAUUAUGAUUAUGAAGAGGAAGAGAGUGUCGAUACACCUCAAUCAAGGCAAGAAACUGCAAUACCUGGGAUUUGGCGUUGUUCCAUUUGCACAUAUGAUAAUGAUGAGAGCAUGACUGCUUGUGAUAUUUGUGGGGUUCUUCGCAAUCCUUUGGUUAACAGUGGCAGCAAUAGUGAUAAGAAAGCAGUUGAAGGCAAAUGCAAAGAUUCUGGAGUAUCCAUAACAGCCAAAUCUCUUUUUGCAUCACUGCCGCGUCAGAUACCAAAAAUAGCUGUGUUCAUUCAACCGCAGAAAGAUGGUUUUAUAACUGAGGAGGGCAAUAAUUUCCACAAGCUUGGGAAUAUCCAAGGACAUAUUCAUGAAUUCCAUAAGGCCUUUAAUACUCAUAAACAUGAUCAGAUUAAUAUAGCUCCCUUCAAGUUUGAUGUUCCAUCCCCAGAUGAUAUGGUCUCAAACGGAUUGAAUCGUUCCUCCAAAACGGGCGCAAAAGCCAAUUUUAGGGAUUUGAAGUCUCAAAAAGUUUCGUCAAGCGUCACUGAGAAGAAUGGUGCUGUUGAUGUACAGUCAAGUAAUGAAAGCUCAAGUAGCUUAUCAACAUUGACAGAUAAGAGCAGUCAGUCAAAGAAUGGGGCAGUUAAUAUACGAGGAAGUUCGGAUGUCUCAUCAUCUAGGGUGCCAAAAAGUAGCCGUGAUAAGGUGGAGCAGAGUAGCGGUCAAAGGUCAGAUAGCUUAUCAGCAUCAGAACCAAAAGGCAUACAUGAUGCUCUCGAUGGGGCUACUAAUUCUUCUGCAGCAAAGGGAAAGGCACAAAGUAUUAGCAAUAGUUUAAACAAUAUGGCUUUGGAUGUUAGAUAUGGAAAUCAAAAUAAUGUCAACAGUCAAAAAGCUAAUUCAAAAGUACAGUAUAAACAUGAAAAAUGGAUGCUUCCUGAUCAGGCUGAAGAUACACUGAUCCAACUGAGUCUUGCAAUUGUUGGUCAUGUUGAUUCUGGAAAAUCCACCCUCUCAGGUAGAUUGCUACAUCUUUUGGGACGUAUUUCUAAAAAGGAAAUGCACAAAUAUGAAAAAGAGGCAAAGCAACAGGGAAAAGGAUCCUUUUCUUAUGCUUGGGCACUGGAUGAGAGCACAGAAGAAAGGGAAAGGGGAAUAACUAUGACAGUGGCUGUUGCUUACUUUGAUUCCAAAAGAUAUCAUGUUGUCGUGCUUGACUCACCUGGUCAUAAAGAUUUUGUUCCAAAUAUGAUAUCUGGAGCAACACAAGCUGAUGCUGCAAUUCUUGUAAUAGAUGCCUCAGUUGGUGCAUUUGAAGCUGGUAUGGAUGUUGCCAAGGGACAGACAAAAGAGCAUGCACAACUUAUUAGAAGUUUUGGUGUUGAACAAAUUAUAGUUGCUGUUAAUAAAAUGGAUAUUGUUGAGUACUCCAAGGAACGGUUUGAUUUAAUCAGGCAACAACUAGGAAUAUUUCUCCGUUCUUGUAGAUUUAAAGACUCUUCCAUUUGUUGGAUUCCAUUGAGUGCCAUGGAAAAUCAGAAUUUGGUAGCAGCUCCUUCUGAUGUUCGUCUUUUGUCCUGGUACCAAGGACCUCACCUGUUGGAUGCAAUCGAUUCCCUUCAACCUCCAGCAAGAGAUUUUUCUAAGCCUCUUCUCAUGCCAAUAUGUGAUGUGGUUAAGUCAGCAUCCCUUGGACAGGUUUCUGCGUGUGGUAAAUUGGAAGCUGGAGCUCUUCGUAGUGGAUUGAAGGUUAUGGUUAUGCCUUCAGGUGAUGUAGGGACAGUACGCUCCUUGGAACGUGACUCUCAGGCUUGUGCCAUUGCAAGAUCUGGAGACAAUGUGGCUGUUAGUCUUCAAGGCAUUGAUGGAAAUAAUGUCAUGGCUGGAGGUGUGCUCUGUCACCCUGAUUUUCCAGUGGCUUUUGCCAAACAUUUAGAAGUGAAGGUGGUUGUUUUGGAUAUUACAACUCCGAUUUUAAUUGGCUCUCAGUUGGAAUUUCAUAUACACCAUGCAAAAGAAGCUGCUAGAGUAGUAAAAAUUGUGUCGUCGCUCGAUCCAAAAACCGGAAAGGUGGCUAAAAAGGCUCCUCGCUGUCUGACUGCAAGGCAGAAUGCUGUUAUUGAGGUGAUUUUGCAAGGACCAGUUUGUGUGGAAGAGUUUUCGAGUUGUAGAGCUCUUGGGAGGGUGUUUCUAAGAGCAAUGGGAAGAACUGUGGCUGUUGGUAUUGUAACCAAAGUUAUGGAGUAAAGCAAUAGUUCUUGUUACCAUCCUGACAUGUCUCAAAAAUUCAACUCGGCAUAUUUUUGGUUUCGGAAAAGGGUUUGUUUUCCAAAGUGUUCAACAGUUGUGCUACAGAGAGUAUCUACAGCAAUUUUGUAUAACGCUGGUGGGGAUUUAUUGUAUAUAAGUCCUCUGGGUUCAUGUACAUGUACAUUAGAAGAUUUGUAGUUUAUAUAAUAUUUUAUUGAUUCUUUUCUGCA